AUGGCUGCCACAAUUCCAACUCCUGUCAACGAGCCGUACAGGAGAAAUGGCAUUCCUGGGGCGAGCGGCGACGACGGUGUAUCCAGCUCCAGCAUUGCUGACACCGCAAGCUCAUCACACUUUGUCAUGAGGAACAAACCCCUUCAUGCAAAUCGACACAUGAGGGUAAUAACGGUUGGUGCGGGUGCAUCCGGCAUUUAUAUGGCUUGGAAACUGAAGUACAGCUUCACCGACUUCACGUUGAAUGUCUAUGAGAAGAACCCAGAGGUCUCCGGGACGUGGUACGAGAAUAGACACAAUUACACCUACUCGUUCCAGCCCAAGUGGGAUUGGUCGGCCAACUACGCAUCUUCACACGAGAUCUAUACGUACUUCAAUGAUUUCGUCGACCAGUACAAGUUGAGGCCCUACAUUAGUCUCAAUCACGAAGUUGUUGGCGCUUCGUGGGAAGAGCACACAUCAACAUGGGUGGUCAAAAUCAAGAAUGCUGAUGGGGUCUUUGAGCAGCGUUGCGAUUUCUUGAUCAACGCCGCAGGCAUUCUCAACAACUGGAAGUGGCCAGCGAUCCCUGGGUUGCAGUCUUACAAGGGGACUUUACUUCAUAGUGCUGCUUGGGACGACUCCGUUGAUCUCACAGGGAAACAUGUUGGUCUCAUUGGCAACGGAGUUGCUAAACAUGUGACGACUUUCAUUCGAGAACCGACUUGGGUCGCGCCAUCGCUGGGGAUGGACUACCAUGAGUAUUCCGAUGAAGAGAAGAGGCGCUUUAAGGAGGAUCCGGGUGUCCUUCUCGCCAUGAGGAAGCAGACAGAGUUGGGCAUGGCCAUGGUGUUCCCCAACUUCAUCCGAGGUUCCGCGGCCCAGCUAGCCACGCAGAAAUACAUGCAGUCGACAAUGGAAAGCAAAUUGCAGAACCCCGAUCUUGCCCAAACGCUCAUACCUCCAUUCCCUCCUGGAUGUCGGCGAUUAACGCCUGGUGUCGACUAUUUGGAGUCUUUAGGCAAGGAAAACGUCACCACCAUCUAUGGCGAGAUUACAAAGGUAACUGAGACCGGUUGUGUCACCGAGAAGGCGGGGUCUGUUGAUGUGGAUGUCUUGAUUUGUGCUACUGGGUUCAACACCACAUUCAAGCCACGGGCAUCCGAGUGCAUCACCUUUGCGCAAUCUGACGUUCGCAGGUUCCUCGGGCCAAAUUGUCCUAUCGGGAAUGGUCCCAUUAUCUUCUCCGUUGAGAUCGAAGGUGAAUACAUCGCCCAGUUCUUGAACCGUUGGCAGAAAGAGGACAUCGCUUCAUUCGACCCCAAGCUCGAAGCAGUCAACGAUUUCAUGCAACAGAAGGAUGCUUUCAUGCCCUCCACCGUCUGGGACGACAACUGCCUUUCCUGGUACAAGGACCCUCGCACGCAGAAGGUCACAGCUCUCUGGCCAGGCUCAACACUGCAUUACAUGGAGGUUCUAGCGAGUCCCCGAUACGAAGACUUCGAAGUCAGAUAUGCUUCCAAGAAUAGAUUUGCCUAUCUUGGAAAUGGAUUCUCGCAGACCGAGCUGAAUCCCCACAUUGACAAGACUUACUACAUCAGAGAGCGACCGGACGACCAGCCCUUGUGCCGAAAUUCACAGAGCACUUAUAACGCCAAGGACCUCGGUGAUCACCUUGAUAAUUAUUUGAAAGGGGUGUUUCAAUAG